UACACCCUCAAGACCUAUUGCCCCUUUAGACCCUCCUUUUUUCCUUCCUCGAACUGCAGAUAUGUAGGUCUUCAGGAGGGUCAACACGGAAAACCUUCACCCUUAAGACCUAUUGACCCCGAGGACCCUCCUUUUCCUUCCUCGAACUUCAGAGGACUUCAAACUCCUAAAAAGUAAAGCUGGUCACUCACGGCACAGACUAAAUUAAAGUCAGGGGAACUAAGCAAAUCUGACCAUUUUAAUACUUAAAGGAAGGAAGGGGGUACUAAAAACGAUUUAUUUUUCAGAUGAUAAUAAGGUCAAAUAAAAAUAAAUUAUUUUAAUUAACAACAAAAAACAUCAAAAAUUUGGCGGCUGAAAUUUGAAUCUCCUGAGAAAAAUUGUUUAAAACCUGGAAAAAUUCCCAAUAAAAAUAGAAUGGCGUCUUUACAAGUAGAAGUUAGAAAACCUGAAUAUUGCUCUUUUGAAAUGAGGAAGGAUUUGAACAACGGUCAUUUUGAGAAACAACAACAACAAGCUAGUGGUUUGGCUAAUGGACAAACACCAAUGGAGAGGCGAAGGAGGAAUAGUGGAAGAAACACCGUUACUAAUUCCACUAAAAAAUCUACACCUUCAACUUCAUUCACAACAAGAGCACGUAGAUCUAAUUGUCAACAAAUACAACAGAAAAGUACAAAGGAUGAUGGCGACGGUGCUGUUGUUUUGGAUGGAUUGGACAAUAAGGAUUUUAGGUUUUUUUAA